GAAAAAGUUUCGCGGCCACGUGGGUGUCCCGUGCGGAGGGGCGGGGAGGGCGGGCCCGGGCCUCUUUUGACCCCUCGGCAGGCACCAUCGGGGCUUCACUGAGCGCAGGAGCUGCAUUCGCCCGGGGUGUCGCCAUGCCUCCCGCCGAGAUCAUCAGCGGCAAGGCCGUUUCCGAGCAAGUGAGGCAGAGACUCAAGAGCCAAGUGGCAGAAAUGAAGGAGAGAGUCCCAGGCUUCAGACCAGGCCUUGCAAUUCUACAGGUUGGUGAUCGGGAUGAUUCAAAUCUCUACAUUAGCAUGAAACUCAAGGCUGCUGCUGAGAUCGGGAUCAAUGCCAACCACAUCAAGCUGCCAAGCACUGCAACAGAAGCUGAGGUGCUGAGAUGCAUUCACAAUUUGAACGAUGACCCUGCUGUUCAUGGGUUUAUAGUACAAUUGCCUUUGGAUACCAACAAGCCCAUCAACACGGAGAAAGUCACCAAUUCUGUGGCACCUGAAAAGGAUGUGGACGGCUUGAGCAGUAUUAACGCAGGGAAGCUCUCGCGUGGCGACCUCGGAGACUGUUUCAUCCCCUGUACGCCAAAAGGAUGCAUGGAGCUCAUCAGGCAGACAGGUGUUCAGGUGGCUGGGAAAAGAGCCGUGGUGAUUGGUCGCAGCAAGAUAGUUGGCGCUCCGAUGCACGACCUCCUGCUCUGGAACCACGCAACUGUGACGACAUGCCACUCCAAGACUGCGUCCCUGGCUGAGGAGGUCAGCAAAGCGGAUAUCCUGGUGGUUGCUGCUGGCAAGGCAGAGAUGGUGAAAGGAGAUUGGAUCAAACCCGGCGCGGUCGUGAUUGACUGUGGAAUCAACCACAUACCAGACAGUACGAGGGCAAGUGGGAAAAGGGUCGUUGGCGAUGUGGCCUACAGCUCGGCCAAGGAGAAGGCAGGUUACAUCACCCCGGUCCCUGGAGGUGUCGGGCCAAUGACAGUUGCCAUGCUGAUGCAGAGCACUGUAGAAAGUGCGCAGCGCUUUCUGGAGAAAUAUCAGCCCGGCAAGUGGAAUAUUCAGUAUAACCAGCUAAUCCCUAGAACGCCCGUUCCAAGCGACAUUGAAGUAUCCCGGUCCUGCUUCCCCAAGCCCAUCGGCCAGCUGGCCAAGGAGAUCGGUCUGCUCUCAGAUGAGGUGCAACUCUAUGGCCAGUGCAAGGCCAAGAUUUCGCUGUCGGCGCUGAAGCGCCUGAAGGACCAGCCCGACGGCAGAUACGUUGUCGUAACGGGUAUAACGCCCACACCCCUGGGAGAAGGGAAAAGCACCACAACAGUGGGACUGGUUCAAGCACUGGGAGCAUACCUUGGUCGGAAUGCCUUUGCCUGCGUUCGGCAGCCUUCGCAAGGACCCACGUUUGGAAUUAAAGGUGGUGCGGCUGGAGGUGGAUAUUCUCAGGUUAUUCCUAUGGAGGAGUUCAAUCUCCACCUUACUGGUGACAUCCACGCCAUUACUGCAGCCAAUAACCUGGUCGCUGCCGCUAUUGAUGCCCGCAUCUUCCACGAGGCCACGCAGUCUGAUCAGGCUCUCUAUUCCCGAUUGGUCCCUUCUGUUGACGGCACCAGGAAGUUCUCCAACGUCCAGAUCCAGAGAUUGCGGAGAUUGCAUAUUGAGAAAACAGACCCAAGGGCUUUGACGGAUGAUGAAAUAAACAAAUUUGUGAGAUUGGAUAUUGAUCCAGACAGCAUAACAUGGCAAAGAGUGAUGGACACAAAUGACAGGUUUCUGCGGAAGAUCACUAUUGGGCAGUCUCCAACCGAAAAGGGGUUCUCACGCACAGCUCAGUUCGACAUCACGGUUGCCAGUGAAAUCAUGGCGGUCUUGGCUCUCACAGAUGGCCUGGAGGACAUGAGGCGUCGCCUAGCCAAAAUGGUGGUGGCUUCCAGCAAGAACGGCGUUCCAAUUACCACAGAAGAUCUGGGAGUUAGUGGUGCCCUGACAGUUUUGAUGAAAGAUGCUAUUGAGCCAAACCUCAUGCAGACUCUGGAGGGCAACCCUGUGUUUGUCCACGCCGGUCCAUUUGCCAACAUUGCCCAUGGCAACUCAUCCGUCCUGGCAGACAAGAUUGCCCUGAAGCUCGUCGGCAAGGAAGGGUUUGUGGUGACAGAAGCUGGCUUCGGAGCAGAUAUCGGCAUGGAAAAGUUCUUUGACAUCAAGUGCCGGUAUUCUGGGCUGCAGCCCCAUGUGGUCGUCUUGGUGGCUACUGUCCGAGCUCUGAAGAUGCAUGGUGGAGGACCUACGGUCGCUGCCGGAGUUCCCUUGCCAAAGGAGUACACUGAAGAGAACCUCCCACUUUUGGAGAAAGGGUGCAGCAACUUGCGCAAGCAAAUCCAAAACGCCAGGACCUUUGGCAUCCCGGUCGUCGUAGCUGUCAAUGCAUUCAAAUCUGAUACGGAGGCGGAGCUACAGCUGGUCAUCCGGUUGGCUAAGGAAGUGGGCGCUUUUGAUGCUGUGAAAUGCACCCACUGGGCUGAUGCAGGGAGAGGAGCCGUGGCUCUGGCCGAAGCUGUACAGAGAGCAUCACUGGCCCCCAGCAACUUCAAGUUUCUGUACAAUGUGGAGCUUCCGAUUGUAGACAAGAUAAGAAUUAUUGCACAGACGAUCUAUGGGGCAAAGGACAUUGAACUGCUGCCAGAAGCAGAGCAGAAGAUUCUUCUGUACACCAAGCAGGGUUUUGGGAACCUGCCUAUCUGCAUGGCGAAAACCCACCUGUCGCUGUCUCACGACCCAGAACAGAAAGGGGUGCCCUCUGGUUUCAUCCUGCCCAUCAGAGACAUCCGAGCCAGCGUGGGUGCAGGAUUCUUGUAUCCGUUAGUAGGAACGAUGAGCACAAUGCCAGGACUUCCAACUAGGCCUUGUUUCUAUGACAUUGAUCUGGACCCAGCGACUGGAGAAGUGACCGGCCUGUUCUAAAAUGAACUGACAAUCCAAAGUAUCCAAGCAAUGCCAGUUUGGCGAAACCUGAAGAAGGUACCUCAAGGGGACACUAGGAAGUCUUUGGAAACAAAUUAACCUGCUGCAUUUU